AUGAGUACAACUUUUUCUAAAUUGAGCGCAGCAACAAAACCGUUCUAUCCAUCAAGCAUAAAUAAUUUAAAAGAAAUAGCGAUGUGUCAAAUUCGUCAAUGGAGUUUCAAAACAAGUGAUCAGAUAUUAAUAGAUGCAGUUCUCACAGAGUGGUUAACGGCUGGAACCUUAGAAAAAGCUCUUAAACAAUGGGAAAAUAUAACUACUGAAGAAUCUGUAACAGGACAAGCCUCGUUAAAUAUUUUUUGCUAUAAUGUACAAGGGUGGGGAUCAAGAAGUUUAGAAGUUACUAAAAUAGUUUUUAAAAUAGAAGCUCCGAUAGGUGUCUUUACGGAAUUUGACGAGUUGUGGAAUACAUCUCGUAUGCCACAUUUCAAUAUUUUUCAUUAA